AUGCUGACUAUCUCGUGGCCUUCGCUGCCGUCGUUCAACCCUUUCUCACUUGCACCUCGCCAGGCUAUCAAGCUGCCCCCGGUCAAAGUUCAUGAAACCGAGACUGCUCAUGAGAAGCCGGCCAGGGCGUUAAAGCAUCUAUUGAAGUUGAACCAUGUAGAAAACGGGCUGUUUGAUCGCCGACAGUUCCCAAAUCAGAUGGCACAUCUUUUGAGCUCAUCCUUCCUGCAAGGGGCAGAUGCCAAUGACUUGGGUCGGAUCUAUGAAGACCAAGUAAAAGAAGUGUUGAAGUGGAAAGACUCGCCUGCAGAAAUCACAACACAAGACUGGCGAGGCCAUUUAGGACGUCGAGAAUUUGAUCGGGCUUUUGUUGACUUCUAUGAGGAUGAAUUGGUCCGCCUUGGCUACGACUGGAAGCAAGUCGUGGACGAGUACUUGUUCAACGACCAUGCGCCCGUGUUCGAUUCUAUCAUGGCGGCUCUUGGCCUUCCAUUGAUCCACCUUGCGUACGCUUUUGAGAUGAACAGCCGUGAGAUUGGCAUGGAAGCACUUGGUCUCGCAGCAACAUGCCACAAUGAUAUUUACAAGACCCUUGCAGACUCAAAGCAGUCAACUCAGGGAUCAUCCUAUGAAUCCAAAUCACAGUUUGAGAUUUUGACCCUAGUUCGGAAAGAUAAGGACCUGAAUGGCCUCUUCCCGACACCAGGGAGUGACAACCUCGAAACCCUUCUCACAUCCCGCAACACUGCGCUACUUAAUCACUGGAACGCAUGGAAGCUCGAAAAUCCCACGGAGCAGUUCCGCGAGAGUCAACAACUUGCAGUUGCAUUGCUUGUCGGCACAGCUGCGGUCGACUCUAACGGUUACUACGAUCGGUUCUUUGCCAUGACACUUGCAACCAGUCAUGCCGUCCGCGUCAUGCUCCCUUUCAUCCCUGCCCAAUUCCAAAUUCCUCUUCUCCAGCAAUGGUGGUUGAACACUAUUGGUAUCUAUAUUGCGCAGCUUCGACCUGAAAUUAACAUGGACCGAAUUCACAAGUACGAUCUUCAAGGGAAGGGCUGGGAAUGGGUUGCCGGGCAAGCUGUUAAGGGUGAGUUCUCAACGGAUGUGUGUUUUGUGAAGACCACGCGCGCACUGAAGGAGCAGAGUGAGACCUGGGGUGACUCUGAUAGCUUCUUCUUGAAAGCUGCUGUCCAAUUUGUCACUGACUUUAAGGGGUGGCGGGGCAAUUUUGUUGGGUUUGAGCUAUAG